AUGACAAAGGUCCUUGAACUUUGUUUGUACAUGGAAAAAGAAGAAGACUUCCCGCCAUGGUCGAUGAUGUUGAAUAGCAUCAGUUCAAUUCUCGAUCUAUUCUCAUCUAAUCCUCAUUACGACAAACUUAAGGAAUUUUUGAAAAAAAUAAUGUCACCAAUGCUGACCAAACUUGGCUUGAAUGACGAAGGAACUGUUGAUAGAAAAGAUUUAAGAUAUGAAGUGAAGGCUUUGGCGGUAAAACUUGGUUUUCAGGAGUACGUAGAUUGGGUGAAGAAUUCAUUCAAGAAGGCUGUCAAUGGGACGAAACUAAUAGUGGAACACGAGUUGCUCGUAUACAGGUACGCUGUGAGAUAUGGUGGAGAUGAAGAAUGGAAGUAUGUGAUGGACAUGGCCUUGAGACCCAACGCAUCAUUUACUCAAAAACAUUUAGGGCUGGAAGCACUUGGAUACACCACAGAUCGCGUAAAAAUGAAAAAAUGGGUCUUGAGAUCCGCUCUGAACUUCGCAAGUGAUGGAGAAGUAAUCAGAGAAAGAGGUAGAGAGUUCCAGAGAAAAGGGCCAGAAAAAGCAAAAGCAGAUUUAGCAAAAGAGUGUUUAACACGAGUUAAGAAGAAGCGUGAAUAA